GCGGAGGGGAGGCUGCCUCCCGCUUGCAGCUGCUGCCGGCUCCCUCGCAGGCCCGCCCGGAGGAGGGAGAGGAGAGGGCCGCCGGGCGCGCUGCUCCUCCUCCUCCGCCUGCCUGCCUGCCUGCCUGCCUGCCCUGCUUCCCUCCCUGGGCGCUGCUGUGCCGGGCGGGCGGGCGGGCCAGCCAUGGAGCAGGAGCGAGAGGCGGCGGCGGGCCGGGCUCCGAUGCUGCUGCUGCCGCCGGUGCUGCUGCUGCUGCUGCUGCUGCUGCUCUACGUGCUGCUGGGGCGGCGCGUGACGGGCGCGGCGGGGACCCGCUUCCAGCGCCGCCAGCCGGGCCGGGGCCACCGCACCGGGCGGCCCCCUGCAGACGCGUGGAGUCCCAGACUCUCUGGUUUCCCACUGCGCCUUUGUGUGUACUUGGCCAACACUGCUUUUGGGCAGCUUUUCUUGGUGCCGCUUCUGAUAAGAAUCAACAACUUUACGAUCCUGCGUUACCUUGAUAUCUCUGAAGACCCCACAUUUGUCCCGGUGGUUGUUGCGGAGGGAAAAACGGACUCUUCAGAGCUGGAAAACCUUUCUGACGUUCUCCAGAGGCUGUUGGAGAACAGUUCCCAGUCUGACAGCUCUACUUUUAGUUUCAGAGGGAUCCAGGAUUAUUUGAAUUCCUAUCGAUCUGGAGAGGUAACACCCCUUCAAGUUGCCAAGAACAUUGUUUCUGCCCUGCAGGAUGCUGAGAAAUCGAGCCCCCAACUCCGCGCGAUUGUUCAGUGGGAUCGGGAGGAGAUACUCAAGAUGGCUGAAGCCUCUGCUGCUCGCUACAGAAGUAAGCGUCCCCUGUCUCUUCUGGACGGAGUCCCUGUAUGCCUGAAGGAGGAGAUUAAAGUGGUGCCCUAUCACCAUCGAGUUGGAACGGAAUACCUGGGCACAAAGCCAGAGGCUGAGGAUGCUACUGUGACAAGGAAGCUGAGAGAGGCUGGGGCUGUAAUUAUUGGUGUCUCCAACAUGCACGAAUUGGGCACUGGAACUACAGGCUGUAACCCCAACAGGUUCCACGGUACAGCUAGGAAUCCUUACAAACCCCAGCAUUUCACUGGCGGGAGCUCCAGUGGCUCUGCGGCGGCUGUGGCAGCAGGUCUUUGCCCCUUGGCUAUUGGCACAGAUGGAGGCGGCUCAGUGAGGAUCCCAGCUUCUUUCUGUGGAAUUGUGGGACUGAAAGGUACUUUUGGACGCAUCAGUGGCCAUGGCUGUCACCCACUCUCUUAUUCCACCGUUGGCCUGGGCUCUCUGUGCGCUUCAGUGACGGAUGCAGCUGUUGCGUAUUCGGUCCUGGCUGGCCCCGAUCCCCUGUACACAUACGGAUUAGGCCAGCCCACGCCAUCGCUCUCUGAAACUCUCGCCCCUGAUUUAAAAGGCUUGAAAUGUGGGGUCGACUGGACUUUUUUUAAGGCUUGUGACCCAGAAAUCCUGAGCGUCUGCAAGAAAGCUGUGGAUUUCCUGGAGAGCGUGGGGGCAUCAGUGGUCGACGUGUCCCUGCCAGAAGUGGAGGAGAUCCGAGUGGCACAUGUCAUCUGCAUCCUGAGUGAGAUGCGGGACUUCCUUCAGCCCGACUUCAGCAACCAUUUCCAGCAGAUGAAUCUGGAGACUCGCAUGAAUCUUGCAAUUGCCUCUCAGUUCACUGCUCUGGAUUAUAUUAAGGCCAAUCGGCAGCGAAGCCGCACCAUGGCCUUUUUGAAAGAGACGUUUGCGAGCGUCGACUGUCUCCUUACCCCAGGUACAGCGUGUCCGGCCCCAAGCAUUCAAGACUCCGACCUCCUGACAGGGUGCAGCGAUGCCCAGACUACCUUACGCACCAUGAGAUUUAUGCAGCUGGCCAACCUGACAGGCAUUCCCGCAAUAGUGCUACCCGUAGGAUACACUGCUUCAGGACUUCCCAUCAGCUUUCAGAUCAUGGCUAAGUGGUGGGAUGAAGCUUUGCUGUUGCGGGUUGGCCUGAAGCUGGAGCGAUUUCGUGGCGUGACACCAAAACCCGCCAUUUAUUAUGACGUCCUUGGCUGACAGGACUGGCCGUGGGAUUUCAAGUGGGGCGGUGUUUUAUAUUGGGGAGGGGAGCUGGGAUGCUCCCCGCACCUUCCACAAAAAUUUGCAUAAGGAUUUCACUAUUUUGGGAGCAAGGAUUUAUUUAUGAUUACGUUUUCUCUCUCUUCACUCAGACUGGACCUGUCAGUGCGUACAAAACUGCUGCUCGCUCAGGAGAAAAUGAAAUUUUCACUUUGUUGUUGGGUUUCGAUGGCUCUUUCAAUUUGUCAUACAGAGUGGCAUAGAACGGGCAAGAGGGUCAUGGUUUUGGUUCCAUUGGGUUGCAGUUGAAUUGUCAGAUAGACAAAAUGGUUGGAUCUCUUGGUGACUAAAUGGGUGCACUUAAAAUAUAACAAAUUCUGCUCGCUG